AUGUUGAGAUCCUUGAUUCCGAUUCGGUUCAAUAUUUGGCAGAUUCUUCGACAAGAUAUGAAUUCGAAAGAACCGAUCGUUGAUCAUAUCUGCUUGGAACUGAUAUGCUACCAACUCGAAGACUACGAUCCGAUGCUGAGAGCCGCUCCAUUACUCUUCUCAACACCCCAUUAUAUUUGCCUCAUUUUCGUUGGAUUCUUUCUUUUGAUUGGCAUCAGCUUAUACGUGAAACUCUGUUUUAUGGGGAGUGAUAGUGGCGACCCCGAACGAUUCGAUGAUAGCAUCACUGAAGCAAGCACCCAUCGAGAUUUGGGAUCGCUGAUGUCGACGCAGUCGAGCCGCCUUCGGAAUCAGUACGUGACGAGCUUGCAGAAGAUGAAAAGUUUUCGGGAAGCUCAAGGAGCCCACGCGAAGCAUCGUGACUUUAUCAUAAGGAAAGUGCUGGAUGAGAUGAAUGAGGAGAAGACUGAUGUGAAUCUUGAGCGGCAGAAGGUGCACAUUUCAGGGAAUUUAAAAAAUUCGGAUUUCGUCUCGAGUUCCAGUCCACAUGAAGCGCAAGUGAUCCUUCGCAAGGUGUUCUACGAUCCAUCACAGAAUGAGGUGUUCGAUAUUGGAACCGACGUGGAUCUGAUAAGCGCGAGCCGCGGCAAGACGAAAAAACGAAUGCCGAAAUCGUCGGUGUGUCAAUCGAUCACGACGCAGGCGUCGGCGCCGCCGAGCUCCGCACCGAUGAAGCUCAAAUCGGCGCGAUCGUCGGUGAUCGAGGUGACGCAAAAGUCGAGCAAUGAUUGA